AUGCAUAAGCUUACUCUUACAGCGCUCAUCGGGGUAACGCGACUCAUCAACGCCCUGGAAUUCAUAGCGCCCGACACCGACCGCAAGCUCAACCUGUCCGCACCGAUCACCAUCGAAUGGACGCUCAAUAACGAGGGGAACGCUGAAUGGACGGAAGUCGAUCUCUGGUGGUACGGCCAAUUUUCAAAUGGCGGAGGAAAUUUUGGAUUUGCCAUUGAAGAGAAUUUCACGACUACGGGCGACGGAACAUACGGCUACAACUGGAAUCCGGCCUCGGAGGUGGAAUCAUUCACGAAGAACCAGAACACGCUUUCAUCCGACAAAGUAUUCUACUUCUUGAUCAAGCGACAUGCGCCCAAUUCGACAUCUGCUUCCACUCUUGAACCAAGCGAGAAGUACGCGGUGGAAGGAAACGAUUUGAUCGGAAGCUCUGCAAGCCUGAUGAAGCCUAUGUGGGGUGUCGCGGUUGCUGGUCUUGCUGCAGCUUUUGCAUUGAUCUAA